AAAGUUCCGACAGAGGCACCCUGAUGGUUGGUACCCUGAUGAGAGACGUCAGGGUCGAGCAGUUAUAACUUGGAUGUUCUCGUCUCAGCCCACUUCCGAGAAUGGCUCUCUCUCUUUACCCUUCUCAGCUCCGGAGCGGCUGCCCUCUCAUCGUGACGCCAAUUUCCCCCGAUCAAAAUGGCCAAACCUCGAGGCAAAUCAGGCACCGGCAAGAAAACAUCGAAAUCGGCCGUGCCCCCCAAGGCCUUGCCGGUGACUCUCCUCUCCGGAUUCCUGGGGUCCGGGAAGACGACACUCCUCCAGCACAUCCUGCGCAGCGAGCACGGGCUUCGGAUUGCCGUGGUUGUCAAUGACAUUGGAGCCAUCAACGUGGACGCCUCGCUCAUCAAGCAGACCCACCGCCUGACAAAGACCAACGAGAAGGUCAUUGCCUUGCAGAAUGGCUGUAUCUGCUGCACCCUCCGAGGAGACCUGCUGGAGGAGCUCGUCCGCCUCGCCGAGCUGCAGCAGUUUGACUAUGUCAUCAUUGAGAGCAGCGGUAUCAGCGAGCCGGAACAGGUCGCCGAGACUUUCGAUGCCCGGCUGGCCGAGCACAUGGAUGCCGUGGGUACGGACGGCGCCGAGGGCCUGGACGAAGACAUGCUCAAGGUUCUUCAGCGACUGAAGGAAGCCGGUGGCCUGGAAAAGUUCGCUAGGCUAGAUACCACUGUCACCGUCAUCGACGCAUUUACCAUGCUGCAUGACUUUGACACGGGCGACCUGAUAUCAUCUCGCCGAGACGACGUCACCCCCGAGGAUGAGAGGACAGUAUCCGACCUCCUGGUCGAUCAGAUCGAGUUCGCCGAUGUUAUCAUUCUGAACAAAGUCGACAUGGUCGACAGCGAAACCAAGCCGCGUCUGCUGGACUUGAUCCAGAAGCUGAACCACCGAGCCAAGAUCCUGGAGUCCAGUUACGGCAAGGUAGAUGUUAAGGAGUUGGUCAACACCGGCAUGUUCAAUCUCGAAGUUGCCCAGUCGGGUUACGGCUGGCUGCAGGACCUGCACCAAAUGACCGUCAGAGAGGUCAAUGGCCGCAAUGUCGUCACACCGAAGCCCGAAACCGAGGAGUACAGCGUGCGGAGUUUCAUCUACACCCGCCAACGCCCCUUCCAUCCCCGCCGCCUAUGGGGUCUCCUACGCGACAAGUUCAUCUUGCAACUCGAGCAUCCCGACGACGACGACGACGACGACAAUGAUGAAGACGAAGAAGGCAAUGAAGAAUACGAACGAAACGGAAGGGAUGUCGACAUGAUAAACUCCCCCGCCGCCGAAGACCCCCCCACCGACGCAGGGCAAGACGCCGAAGACGCAUCUCCAGGAGCAAGGAGUCGCUCGCUGACCUCCUUCUCCUCAAGCUCACCCUCAACAGCCCAGACGGUCCCAUCUCCAGCAUCUUCGUCCAAGAAGGCUCAUCACGUCUCGGAGCGACCCGACGAGGAGAUGUCCUCCGCCUCCUCCGCCGACAUGGCCGCACCACCAGACGACAUCAUCCUCUCGACGAAGCGGCAGCACCCCGUGCUGGCGCGCCUCUUCCGGUCCAAGGGGGAGUUCUUCCUGGCGACGCGGCCGCACCGGGCCGGCGAGUGGUCGCAGGCCGGCGCGAUGCUUACCAUGUCGGGCGGGCGGCCGUGGUUCUGCACGCUGGCGCCCGAGGAGUACACGACGGGGGACGCCGAGGUGGACGGUCUCGUGCAGCACGACAUUGCCAAGGGGGGCGAGUGGGGGGAUCGGCGGCAGGAGUUGGUCUUCAUUGGGGAGAGGCUUGAUCAUGUCGCGUUGGAGGCUAUGCUGGACGAGUGCCUGCUGAGCGAUGCCGAGUCUGGGAAGUGGGAGGGAGUGAUGCGCGACGCGAAGCUGGACGGUGGCGAGAAGCGGGAGGCGCUGGAAGAUAUCUUUGAGGAUGGGUUCCCUGCUUGGUCGGAGGAGGAUGAUGAGGACGAGGACGGUGAUGACCAUGUUGGACACGACCAUUCUCGCCGCCACGGGCUGCGGGCUGGCAGCAAGCAAAAAGCAUGAUGGGGGAGCAGAUAAAAGCGCACAGCGUAGCCAUGGGGUGGCUGGUCGGUAAAAGUUAAAACACUCAUCCACUUCACGAUGCCAUGGUACUUCCGGGUCGGACAAGGUGGAUAAAUAGCGUGUGUAGUGUGUAGUAAACCUCUCCAGACCAGUAUCCAAAAUUGAAGAUACACAUCCC